CUCGCCAGCAGCAGCAACAAUACCCGCCCUCUAAGGGCAAGUACGACACGUUCCUGGACAUCAGGUCCACUGAGGCCUCUGGCCAGAUAGAAAGAGUUUGGGAUCCGGUGUGUGGGUGGCGCUGGCGUGCGGUCCGUGGUGAGAGAUUGGCUGCGAGUUUGGUUCCCCUUCCAAAUUCACGUCCCCCCUCGCCUUUCGUCGCUCCGGUUCCUCCUCCGGUCAUGGUUCUUCCUGCUCUUGUUCCCGCUCCGGUUCCUGUGGCUGUUUCGGCACCACCCAUCCCCAUUGUUGCACCACCGCCGCCUCAGCGCACAGUCGCUGAAAUCCUGGCCGGCAUGCCGUCGAAGCCCGAAGGGCUCACACACGUCUUUCCGCUUCCGGCUCCAGCACCAUUACCACAGCUACAGCCUCUGUUUAGUGGGUUGUCGCUGGAGACACUUGCCAAUUAUGCUCCGGGCUCCCUGGGACUGGUGCUGCCCGGCUUCACAUCCUCGGUUCCGGCUCCCCUGGCUCCUCUCCUUCCUCGUCACCCCUCUCCCCCAGCGGAGGCUGAUCAUAAGCCUCCGGCUGACGACAAUUCCGGAUUUGUCGGGCCGCCAUCUUCCCUCUCUCUUCCAGCUGGGGCCGACCAUAAGCCCCAGGCUGAUGACAUUCCUGGACCUGUCGCGGCCCUCGCUCCCCCCCCCCCCCCCCCCCCCUCUUCUUUCACCUUCGGGCUUGGUUCUGGAGCUGCUGCUCCGUCCUUCGGUGGUGCCUUUGGUGCCGGUUUGGCCUUCCCGCCAACCUCGUCUUUCUCCUCCGGUCCCGCCUCCCGCCCCUCCUCGCGCCGUUGCGGUGGUGGCCGUGGUAGUAACGUCAUCUAUCAACUCCGCGAGGUCGCUGCCCCGGGCAUCAAAGAUGACCCCGGCGACAAGAACUCCCUCCAGGAGACCCUCCUUGACGCUGGGCUCGUCAGCAUCCCGCUGGUCAUGGGGGCCGACUUCUCGUACGUGAGCUCGACCGGUCUGGACAAGAUCGCCGACUACAUCUCCGGUUCCUCCCUCGCCUCUUUCGAGACGAAUCUUCGUCUCAAAGAGAACGGACUUCGCUCGUUUGCUAACCUCCUGCGUUGGCAAUACAAAUCUGGUCAGUCGCAGCCCCCUGGUGGGACUGUGGCUCUUGGUCAACCCAUCUCCGUGCUGGCACGUGUUAAUGGGUUGGUGACUGGGUUUGUCGCUGACAAUGGGGGUCAGCAGCAGCUACUUGAAGGGAGCGACUUCUAUUUGUGGGCGCGGGCGUGGCGCUACCUGGAGAAGUUUGGCUGGCAGGAGCACAAAGUGCAACUGAAGCAGGAACUGGACGCGGCGGUGUUUGGGCAGUUGGAGAAGUUGGCGAGGCUGCACCAAGCCCACUGGUUGAGGUUCCUGAAGUCGUCUCGAGCUCAGAAUUGA